CUUUCAUCUAAAAAACAAAACAAAAACAACAAUUGCAUAAUAAAAACAUAUUGACAAGAAUGGUUAGUCUGCAAGUAUUUCCGACCAACUACUGUUGUGACAAAAAAUAACUUCACUUAUAAGAUCUCCUAACAUAAAGACCUACUAAAUAUAGUAAAUACAAGAAACUAAAUAAUAUAGUGGAAAGAAGAAAUCAACCACAAUUAUGAUUAACUCUUCCCAGAACGAAUCAGAAGGGACACUGAACUUGACAUCAGCUGAACAAGGAUCUCGGCACGAAUCAUGGAUCAAUUUAGUUGUUGGGUGUAUUCUAUUAAUAACUACGUCAAUAUCCUUGUUUACAAAUGGCACUGUCUUGUAUGUUUUCUUUACCAGGCCACAAUAUGUACUGACUAGAAUAAAUUCGUAUAUGGCUGUAGUCUGCCUUUUAGCUUUUAUAAUGGCAUCUCUAGGAUAUCCUAUGGUGGUCUCGUCCAGUUUUGCAGGAUACUGGCUGUUUGGCGAGACUGGUUGCGUCUAUUAUGGCUUUUUAACGACUUGCUGUGGCUUGUGCACGAUGUUUAUCCUAACAUUAAUAUCCGUGGACCAGUAUAUUUCAGUAGUGCACCGUAAAUUUAAUGAACAAUCCAUUAACUCAUUCAGCAUCAUCGCCAUCUCAGGGAGUCUACUUAUGUCAUUGGUUCUAGCUGUUGGUCCCCUAGUUGGGUGGAACAAAUAUGUGCUAGAAGGAAUAGGAACUACCUGUUCUAUGGAUUUAGAAAACGCAGAUGUUUUGUACCGAUCGUAUUUAGUAACAUUGCUGUUCGUCGCAUUUUUUCUUCCAGUUUCUGGUAUGAUGUUUUGUUACUGGAAAAUAUUUUCAAAGGUUUCAGAGACUCGAAGACAUCUUUUUGAUGUUUACAGAAACAUCAGCAUAUCUGCAAUAUCAGUGAAUAGACAUAAGAAUAUGAACCUGGAAGGAACACUAGCUCUUACGAUAGUGUAUAUUGUGGCUGCUUUCCUGUUAUGCUGGUCGCCCUAUGCAAUAACCAUGAUUUGGUCAAUAAUGAGUACGACUGCCCUACCACCUUUAGUGACUUCAAUUCCAUCAUUAGUGACAAAGAUUGGAAGUUGUUUUACGCCAUUGAUUUAUCUGAGGCGAGAUCUGAAAAUGAGAAAAGAAGUCAUGGAUACAUUUCCGUGUCUGCAAUCUGAAGCUGAGAAAGUUACACCAAAUCGUAUAGAAAUAAUCCGUGCAUCUUGUAUAUCUACGGUAGAAGUCAAUACGGUGCAGUCGUGA